CCGCAGAAGGGAAGCGGCAAAAGUUUAGGACAGCGAAUGGAGCCCUGAGUGUAUCGAUGACGAACCGUGAGCGUGUUUUCUUUCGGCGAUCGAUUCACUUCGGCCCUGGCAAGCGGACUCUCGAGCCGAGUCAGCUGUGACUGUGAAAGCGGACGGGGCUCGCCACCAUCUUUGAGAUAGGGGGCUGCGGUCACGCGCAGGCUGGGGCUUGGCGCAGAAACUGCCAAAACACAAAAAUAAAAAAGGAUGUUCCAUAGGAUAUGUGUGUCUGUCCAAGAGGAGGCAGUCUUCAUCUUAACAUGAUGCCAUGAAGCUUUUCAGAGACCAGCCAUUAUUUUAACUGUAAAAGGUUUUUGAGCAGAGUGCAAAUGGUGUGGAUUUUUAUCAUGAACCGGACGAACCUGCAGAGUAGUUCUCCCAGUCAGCGUAGACGAAUGGCUCUUGGAAUUGUCAUUCUUCUCCUGGUUGAUGUGAUAUGGGUUGCUUCUUCUGAACUCACUUCGUAUGUUUUUACUAUGUACAAUAAACCAUUCUUCAGUACAUUUGCAAAAACAUCCAUGUUUGUUCUUUACCUCUUUGGAUUUAUUGUUUGGAAACCGUGGAGGCAACAGUGCACACGUGGGUUUCGUGGCAGGCAUGCAGCUUUUUUUGCAGAUGCUGAAGGCUAUUUUAUGGCCUGUACAACCGACAAUACUGUAAACAGUUCUUUGAGUGAACCUUUAUAUGUUCCUGUAAAGUUUCAUGACUUGCCAAGUGAAAAAUGUAGCAGCACUAAUGGUGAUUCUGAAAAAACUCCCAAAAAGCCUCGUGUAAGGUUCAGUAAUAUUAUGGAGAUUCGACAACUCCCAUCAAGCCAUGCAUUGGAAGCAAAGCUGUCUCGUAUGUCUUAUCCAACACUUAAGGAACAGGAUUCAAUAUUAAAAGCUGUAGGGAAGCUUACUGCAUCUCAAGUAGCCAAAAUCAGCUUUUUCUUUUGCUUUGUGUGGUUCUUGGCAAAUUUUUCUUAUCAAGAAGCACUCUCGGACACCCAAGUGGCCAUUGUUAAUAUUCUGUCUUCAACAUCUGGAUUAUUCACCUUAAUCCUAGCUGCAGUGUUUCCAAGUAACAGUGGAGACAGGUUUACCCUGUCAAAAUUGUUAGCGGUCAUUUUAAGCAUUGGCGGCGUUGUCCUUGUGAAUCUGUCUGGGUCUGAGAAAUCUGCUGGAAGAGAUACAAUAGGGUCGCUGUGGUCUCUUGUGGGAGCUAUGCUCUAUGCAAUCUACAUAGUUAUGAUAAAACGAAAAGUAGACAGAGAAGACAAACUUGAUAUACCAAUGUUUUUUGAGAGACAACUCCAGAAGGUGAUGCAGAGAGAUUAUUAUUAGCCUUCGCCCUAUGGCAUUUCUGCUAUGAUUCCACAGUUCCACUGUAACACAGUGCCCCCAAUUCCCAUUCCACGGAGCCGGUCCAGUAGGAUACCAUGGUCAAUGGUAUCAAAGGCUGUAGAGAGAUGAAGAAGCAGGAGCAAGAUCUUACUUUGCUUCCAAGGGAACUUGCCUGGUGCCAGAUGAAAACCUUUUAAAAAAAAAACUUCCCCAGGCUUUUCAGCAUGUAUUGAGUUUCAUUGCUUCUGCCUUUGUUACUGAAUUGUUAUUUUUGUUUAGAUGAUGUUUAUUUUUAUUGUAAACAACCAUGCAGAACUUGCCAGGUGGUGUGGAGCUGCAACACUAAUAUCCCAGGAGGCAUGUUGCAUCUGCUUACCAAAAGGAGGAGGGGUGAGGGGGCAGGGAAGUUAGUGCAGAACAAAAUACCUUAACUGUCAAAGGCCAGGGCAAAGAGGUGUUCCUUCAGCACACUGCAAAAUCUAUACCUUGAAGAUGCUAGACAUACCUCUGUUGAGAGGGAAUUCCACAGUUAUGACUGAUGAUGGGCACUGGUACAGCAGGAAGGAGAAUUGAGGCUUCAGUCCAUGCACAUUUACCUGGGAGUCUCAUUGAACUGAAUGCUAUUUACUUCUGAGCAGAUGCAUCUAGGAUUGUCUUCUGAAUGGAUGUGUAGAUGUUGCCUUUCUUUAGAAGCCUCCUGUCAGUUCUUUGUAUACUAUAUAACUGUAUCCACACAUCAUCUUAAGAGGUCAUGCAUCUUGUGCCAUUGCCACCUGAGGUAUAGGAGGUGGCUACAUAGGACAGGGCCUUUUCAAGAAAAUGGAAUACCAUUGGUAGGGAGGCCUGCCUUGAUCUCUCACUAUUGUUUAAGUGCAAAGGAAGCACUUUUUGAGCAAGCAUUUAGGCCUGCUUGAUUAUUUACACCUUAUUUUAUGCUGCUGCCCACCAUUUACGUAUUUUGAAGCUGUACUGUGCUUCUGUUAUAUUGUAAUCCUGAGCACACUUAUUAGGAAGUCAUACCCACUGAACACAGUGGGACUUACUUAUGAGUAAGCAUUAGGGUUGCCAGAUCAGAAGCAUGCCAAACCCUGAGAUUUCAGGGCCAUGACCUAAUGAUGAUAUGGGAGCAUACCCUAGUGAUGCCAUAGGGGGUGGGCCCUAGUGAUGUCAUUAAACAUGAUACAUUAAGCAACAACCACAGUUGCUUGGAGCAUACAACUCAAACAAAAAAAAUUCUCUGAUUGCAAAUUAAGAUAGAUACCUUAGCUAAAUGAGGAUGUUUCCAGGUCCAGCUGAAGUGAUGGGAUCAUACCUUCUCACGUGUUUAGAGAGCUUGGGUAAGGAACAUUGGAUCUCACCUACUUGCUUCUGCCCUCAGACCAGGCCAGUCACCAGAAAUCCAUUGUAGGAAGAAUGUUGUAGAGAUGUUAGAUGGGAGCACUCACGAGUAAAGAUGGAUGCACCUGAAGGCUGCACUUCUAACCAUGGGACUAAGCCCCAUAGAACUUAACAGGACUUACUUCUGAGUAGAUAUUGUUAGGAUUGUGCUGUUGGUAAGGCUUGACUAAGGAUCCUCUGCAACAAUAUUGCUAUCCAAGCAGGGUUGGCAACCCCCUGCCUGCCUUUGAACGUGGUUGCUCCAAACGUCUUUACAGACUUGACCCUUCACUGCACAGAGAGGUUUGAGAAAUGAGCAAGAGUUAAAAAGAUUCUCUACUCUGUCCUGCCUACUCUAUGGGCUGCUAUAAACUCACUUUGACAGCAACCCAAUUUCAGUGAGUAAUAAUUGACAGAGAAAAAGCACACAUGGUUCGGUCUACCUUCACAGGUAGUAGCUUGGGAACAACAGCAGUUAAAGCCGCGCUGCCCAGUAUGUGAAUUCUCUUUUACCACUAUUGGGCAAGAACCAAACCAUCAUGCAAAUAACAAGGUGCAUCAUCAGUGGGUUUAAGGGGGUUGAGCUCACCACAUGCAACCACUGUUGUUGCUUCUAUGGAUAUAAGGGAGUAAGGUCGGAGGUAAAUGAAAUGCAAAUAGGAAAAGAAAAAGAAAAGACAGUGAUGAUUUCCUAAAUGCAAUACAAUACCAUCUACAACAAGAUUCCUAUGAGUAAGGCAGAAAACAGCAUCACACAACCAGUCAGUGUUCCAACCAAAACUAAAAAAAAAUCCUGGCAGCCAGUCAGCCAAGGUCACAGAAAUCCCCAUGCAGCACAACCUGACCCAGGGGCUGCAGUUAGUGCAGAAUGCUGUGGCACAGUUGCUGAUAUGAGUGAGACCCUAUCAUCACAUAAUACCUGUGCUCUGAAAUCUGCACUGGUUACCGGUUUGCUACCAGGCCAAGUUCAAGGUGUGUUUUCCAUUUUACGGGUUCCACAUAGUACUUGUUCUGCUCUUGUAACAAAUCAAUCCUUUAGUGUAGCAGUACCUACACAUUGCAACUCCCUGCCUAUUUCCAUUCAGCAGGGGCCUUCAUUGUACUCAUUUUGGCACCUGCUAAAAACAUUUUUGUUUAGGCAAGCCCACCCAGACAUGUAGAAGCUAUUAUGUUUUUAAUCUCUUUUUAACUCAUUGUUGAUUUUAUUAUUUUGAAAGUUUUUAAAUGCCUGUCUUUAACUGUUUUUGCCAAUAAUCUUAUUGUUUUAAUUCCUUCUGUAAACCGCUUUGAG